AUGGAUUUCACCGGCGAGACCUUUCCCAUUACGGGCAUCCCCUCAGAUGCUAAGCGUAAGACCAACAAUAUUCCCUACGCUCCGGGUCUUCCUUGCCGCCGUGAGAUAUCCCACUACUUCCCCUCCGAUAAUGCCUUCACACAGAAACAGUGGACUCUCAUGGUUCUCGCCCUUAAUCGCUUCCAGGAGCUUGAAGUUGAUAAGAGGCUGUCUUACUUCCAGGUCGCGGGCAUCCACGCAUACCCUCUGAAACCAUGGGAUGGCGCUGCACCUCCUAACCAAGAUCCCGAAAAUGCCAAGAAACUGCCUCCUGGUGCUAAUCCCUACGGGGGAUACUGUGAGCACAACACCAUCACCUUCGCGACGUGGCAUCGACCCUAUAUGCUGCUGUUCGAGCAACUUGUGUGGACUCAUAUGAAGGACCAAAUCAAGGACUGGGUGAAGGAGCGGAAGCUCGACCCCAGUGACGCUCCUGAGUGGGAGAAAGCAGCUAAUGAGUGGAGACUUCCAUAUUGGGACUGGGCUGGUAAGAAGUACAGCAAGAAGCACGGACAAAAAUACGCUCUCCCAGAGAUCUUUCGCUUCCCGGUAAUAACUACCUAUCCUCCCUACGACACCAGAGGAGAGACAGGAGUCACGAAUCCAUUCUAUGAGUUUAAGAAUCCCAUGAAAGACGACAAAGGUAACGCAAGAGCAUUUGGAGACAUGCCAGCAGGCAUGACUCAGUGGAAUAUCCCGGACAAUGUUGAAAAGGGAGAUGAGGGAAAACCCGAUGUCAUACUGCCAUGGAGCAAAUGCUCAGCGACAAGUCGCUAUGGUCUACGAAGCGACGAUGGCGUAACUUGGACGGGCCUUACCGGUUUCAAUAACUUCGACGAAGCCAACAAGACUUUGAGCACGUUUGAGGAGGGCUGGUAUCCUCCCUAUAAAGAAGGAGAUGAAAGGCGGAAGAAUUUUCGGGGUCCCGGCACACUGUCCGAUGCUGUCAAUCGUCUGUUCUCCCCAGAGUAUACGGACACCUGGGAGACCUUUUCCAGCACCAAAUGGUGGAAUGAGAGUGCUCGUGAAAUAAGCACUGGCUAUCUUUCGCUGGAGUAUAUCCACAACAACGUACAUAACCUUACCGGCGGUUCAAAUGCCAAGCUUCGUGAUCCAAAGAAGCCUGACCAGAAAGGAGGAUGGGGUCUUGGUCACAUGUCAGAUGUUCCAGUGUCGGCAUUUGACCCCAUCUUUUGGCUCCAUCAUUGUAAUAUCGAUCGCUUGCUUUCCAUGUGGCAGUGUUUGAACUGGGAAACCUGGUUCAACGGGGUCCGUACCCAGCAGUAUGUUAAGGACAAGAAGAAGGAUGAUCCUCUCCUCCCUUUCCACCGCGAGAAAACCAAUAAUCCGGCGACUGGGUACUGGACGUCAGAUGAUGCCCGAGACUGGACUAAGUUGGGCUACCAGUAUGAUGAUCUCAUCCCUCAGCCAGGCGCAAUUGAUCCUGAAAAGGAGGUUUUAAAGGAGGAUCAGUUCAAGAUUGACCUUAAAAAGCAUAUCGAGGACCUCUACCCCAGCCCUCAGAAGUAUUCCAGGAAAGUCUUCGAAAGCAAAGACAAAAAGGAGCAGAUCGAGUUCUUCGGGCGCGAUAACGUUAAGCAUCAGACCUGGAACGACUACCUUAUCAAUGUGGUUUACGAUCGGUAUGCUCUGAAUGGAAGUUCCUAUUCUAUCCAGUUCUGGCUUGGCGGCAACGGCGAUGAUCCCGACACGACGUUCCGAGACGAAGAAAACUUGAUCGGCCAGGUGUACUCAUUCGCUGGAAUGGCUCCCUCCGCUGAGACUUGCUCCAAUUGCGCUUCCCAGAAAGACAAAAAGGUACUCUCCCGGGCUCAAGUUCUUCUCACCAUUCCCAUCAUUUCCCAGGCGCUCGACAGCGGCUUCAAACACAUCGAUACAACUGAGGUAGGCAAAGUCAAAACUUAUCUCCAGAACCACCUGCGAUGGAAGUUUGUGCAGAUUGGAGGUUUUGAGAGACCUGCCGAGGACUUCCCGAACACUACUAUCUCUGUCUUUGGAGGAACUGGCAAGCCUCAGACUUCUCCAGACAACGACGAAAAGGGGAUCCCACCUAUCUAUGCUGAUUAUGAAAUCUUGUAUGAGGCCACGCAGGAAAAGACUUGCGGACUGACUAAGAAAGAUCCUGUGCUUGGAGCUUCUCAGAAAUUGAACUUUCGGACUUUUAGCAAUUAG